AUGCCUCAGCGCGUCGUUGGCGUCUCUGAGCGCCGGCAGCUCCCGCCGCAGCUCCCUCCGCGCCGCCUCCAGCGCCGGCAGGGCUCCCAGCAGCCGCCCCAGCGUGCGCUGCAGCCCCCCGUGCAGCGGCAGCAGCGAGGCGGAGUCGCGUCGUUGGCGUCUCUGAGCGCCGGCAGCUCCCGCCGCAGCUCCCUCCGCGCCGCCUCCAGCGCCGGCAGGGCUCCCAGCAGCCGCCCCAGCGUGCGCUGCAGCCCCCCGUGCAGCGGCAGCAGCGAGGCGGAGUGUCACACUAGUGUACUCACGUGGAGCAUGCCUCAGCGCGUCGUUGGCGUCUCUGAGCGCCGGCAGCUCCCGCCGCAGCUCCCUCCGCGCCGCCUCCAGCGCCGGCAGGGCUCCCAGCAGCCGCCCCAGCGUGCGCUGCAGCCCCCCGUGCAGCGGCAGCAGCGAGGCGGAGUGUCACACUAG